UUCAUGUUGUUUUUUUUCUCCUGUGUCCAUUUUCACUGAAACUUCCAGCUGCUUUAAGACAACAUUAGUUAUAUGCUUUGAGUUAAUGUCUCAUAGUGAUGGCACGUGGUUGGUAGCAUGAGAAGCAGAGAUAAAACACCUUGAGGGUGCGUCGCGGCGCUGGCUCUUCAGCCUUCAGCAGCUUCACCUGUGGAAAUUCAGAGGGCAUUUGGAAUGGCCGCCAUGAGGAAGACACCCAAGAAGUAAAGACACAGGAGACGUUUGAGAGCGUUGACAUGGAGAUACCACAACCUCAGAGAAGAUCAGUCAACCUGGGCGACCUGGUCACGACACAAACCAAGUACCUGCUGUUCCCCCCCGCUUCUCCAUCAUGGAUGUGUGGACUAAAAGAGUCGCUGGGAUUAUCAUCGCUCAGGUUCUGCUUCUCUCCAGCUCGUGCGGGACAAGAGGAGAAGACGCAUGUGACCGCGCACUGGUGUCCAAUCUGCCGCCGUCGUCCUUCCGGAGCUCCUCGCAGCUGUCCAGCAGCCACGCACCGGGCUUCGCCAAGCUCAACAGGAGAGAAGGAGCCGGAGGUUGGUCACCCCUCACCUCAGACAGGUAUCAGUGGUUGGAGGUCGACCUGGGUGAACGCACCAGGAUCACCGCCGUCGCUACUCAAGGUCGCUACGGCAGCUCUGAUUGGCUGUCGUCGUACCUGCUGAUGUUCAGUGACACGGGACACAACUGGAAACAGUACAGACAGGAGGACAGUACCGGGUCUUUUCCAGGGAACACUAAUGCAGACAGUGUGGUUCAGUACAAGCUGCAGCAGCCGGUGAUCGCUCGCUUCCUCCGCCUCAUCCCUCUGGGCUGGAAUCCCAACGGACGGAUCGGACUCAGGCUGGAGACAUACGGAUGUCCUUAUACCUCUGAUGUGGUGAGUUUCGACGGAAGAAGCAGCAGUCUGGUGUACAGGGCGAGUCCCGGGCUGAGGCAGGCGUCCAGAGAUGUCGUAUCUCUGAAGUUCAAAACCCUGAGGAAUUCUGGGACACUGCUGCACGCUGCAGGAGAGGGAGGACUCGGCAUCAGUCUGGAGUUAGAGAGAGGGAGACUCCGGUUGCUCCUCAGACAAGGUGGUGGGGCUUUGUCCUCUGAACCACAGUGUCUUGCUUCCCUUGGCAGUCUGUUAGAUGAUCGUCACUGGCAUCAUGUCGUAGUGGAGCGGCAGAGUUCCCACCUCAACCUCACUGUGGACAAACACAGUGAGACAAUUCAAAUCCCUGCAAUUUUCAGUCACUGGGACAUGGAACAGCUGAGUGUGGGGGCAUCCCUGAGUCUCAACUCUCUGAGACUGCUCGACUCCAAGAGGAACUUCCACGGCUGCCUGGAAAACCUGCUGUACAGCGGCCUGAACUUGAUAGAGCGAGCUAAACACAAGAACCAACAAGUUACUCUCUUGGGCAAUGUGACCUUUUCUUGUGCUGAGCCAGUUUCCGUCGCCGCAACGUUUCCCGGCCCCCAGAGCUUUCUCCAGUUGCCGGUGGUAGCAACAUCUGACUCAGAGGGCGUGUCCGUGGGGUUUCAGUUCAGGACGUGGAACAACGCCGGGCUUCUGGUCACCUUUGCAAUUCCUAACGAGGGCGGCGUAGUCUGGUUGUACCUGAGUGAGGCUAGACUGCGGCUACAGAUUCAUAAGACUGGCAGGGCCGUGCUGGAGCUGAGUGCAGGUUCAGCUCUGAACGAUGGUCAGUGGCAUUCAGUGGAUUUCACCUCUGGACGAGGACGCUUGACUAUCGCUGUCGAUGAAGGAGAGGGAGGUGUUGCUCACUCCAGCCCCUCGUUUCCUGUCGCCAUAAGACAUCAGCUCUUUUUUGGGGGUUGUCCCGCUGAACACUACAAUCAGGAAUGUAGAAACCCCUUUGACACCUUCCAAGGCUGCAUGCGUCUCCUCACUGUGGACGACCAGCCAGUGGACUUGAUCCUGGUCCAGCAAAGGCUGCUGGGAAACUACAGCUACCUGCAGAUCGACAUGUGUGGCAUCAUUGACAGGUGUUCUCCCAAUCGGUGUGAACAUGGAGGCCACUGCAGCCAAUCGUGGACUGUCUUCCACUGUAACUGCUCUGACAGCGGCUACAGCGGAGCAACCUGCCACAGCUCUGUGCACGAACAGUCCUGCGAGGCCUACAAGCACAACGGCAACACGUCGGGGCUUUUUUACAUCGAUGUGGACGGCAGCGGACCAAUCAAACCUCAGCUGGUCUACUGCAACAUGACAGAGGAGAACACAUGGAUGGUGGUCCAGCACAACAACACAGAGCUGACCAGAGUCCAACCCUCUCCAGGUGUGAACCAGUAUGCGGUUCACUUUGACUACUCGUCUCUUGAGGAGCAACUGUCGGCCAUGAUCAGCCAAUCACAGCACUGCGAACAGGAACUGUCCUAUCACUGCAGGAAGUCCCGCCUCCUCAACACCCCAGAGGGUUCUCCGUUCAGCUGGUGGUUUGGGGGUCCCGGCACCGGUCGUCUCCAGACUUACUGGGGUGGAGCUCAACCAGGCAGCCAACAGUGUGCCUGUGGCCUGCAGGGCGACUGUGUGGACACACAUCACUACUGCAACUGUGACGCCGACCGCAUUGAGUGGGCUGAGGACUCGGGCUUGCUCACCUUUAAGGAGAGCCUCCCUGUUAGGUCUCUGGUGUUGGGUGACAUCCAGAGGCCGGGGUCAGAAGCUGUCUACAGGGUGGGACCUCUCUGUUGUCAUGGAGACAAGAGCUUCUGGAACGCCGCCUUUUUCGACAAGGAGACGUCGUACCUCCACUUCCCCACCUUCCACGGAGAGCUGAGUGCAGACAUCUCCUUCCUCUUCAAAACCACAGCCUCCUCCGGUGUGUUCCUGGAGAACCUUGGCAUCAAAGACUUCAUCCGCAUCGAACUGAGGUCCUCCACUCAGGUGGUUUUCUCAUUCGAUGUGGGCAACGGGCCGCUGGAGGUGCGCGCGGAGUCAAACGUCUCACUCAACGACAACCGGUGGCAUCGUAUCCGAGCUGAGCGGAAUGUCAAGGAGGCGUCGCUUCGAUUGGACGAGCUUCCCGCCGCCGCUCAGGAAGCGCCCACUGACGGACACUUCCACCUGCAGCUCAACAGCCAGCUCUUCAUAGGAGGCACAGCGUCCAGGCAGAAGGGCUUCAGAGGCUGUAUUCGCUCUCUGCAGCUGAACGGCGUCACCCUGGACCUGGAGGAGAGGGCCAAGAUCACACCCGGGGUGCGACCGGGCUGCCCAGGUCACUGCAGCAGCUACGGCUCGCUCUGCCAGAACCAGGGCCGCUGUGUGGAGAGAGCCAACGGCUUCCACUGUGACUGUGGCCAGUCUGCCCACACCGGAGUCUUCUGUCAAACAGAGGUGUCGGCGUCCUUCAAGUCUGCCACGUCUGUCAGCUACACCUUCAAGGAGCCGUACAAGUUAAUGAGGAACAGCAGCGCUCUGCCGUCCUCCAUCUACUCUGACAUGACACUGAGAGGAGAGAACGUCUCCCUGAGCUUCAGGACCAACCAGAGUCCGGCUCUGCUGGUCUACAUCAGCUCGUACUACAGGGAGUACAUGGCCCUGCUCAUUAACAAGCACGAUGAGCUGGAGGUGAAGUACAAGCUGGACAGCAGCAGAGACGCAGAGGUGUUGAGGAGCAGAGUGAAGAGUCUGGCCAACGGACAACUACACACCGUUACUGUCAGGAGACUGAGCGACUCUGUGUCUGUGCAGAUUAACCAGGAUGACGGAGAGGACUUCAACCUAACAUCUGAUGGAGAAUUCAAUGCCGUUAAGUCUCUGGUUCUGGGGAGAAUACAGGACUAUGAUGAGUUGGACCCAGAUUUGGCACAGCUGGGAUCUCUUGGAUUCACCGGCUGUCUCUCAGUCGUCCGUUUCAACUCCAUCAGCCCUCUGAAAGCUGCUCUGCUCCACCCAGACAACAGCCCGGUUGUCAUCAGCGGACCUUUGGUCCAGUCCACCUGUGGUUCCUCGACUUCAGCCAAUCCCUACGCAGCCGAGAACAAACGCCACCUGUCAGACCAGUCUGGUUCAGUGGGUUCAGGUCAACCUUUAGUCAAUGCCAUCAGGACUGACUCAGCUCUGAUCGGAGGUGUGAUAGCCGUGGUGAUCUUCGUGGUUGCGACCGGCCUGGCGAUCACCGCCAGAUUCUUGUACCGACGAAAAGAGACGUAUCGGAAUCGGGAAGUGAAGGGAGUCAAACAGGAGGACAGUCCAGAUUUUCCUUUCAACAACCAGACUGACUCCCAGAGAGUGUCCUGUGAAAACCAGAAGGAGUAUUUCAUCUAAGUGCAGGUGCGAGGACCCGGCAACCUGAUGAACCUGAAGCAGAGGAUUCAGACGGGGUUUGUCCACGUCCCACUGCACUAAGAGAGACGCUGGAUACUUCACUGACAGCUUUAAAAUAGGAGAGAAAAUAGAAAGAAAAUGGGUCUUUUUCUGUAUAUUGUGUAUAUAUUGAUACAAACAGGCAACAAAACUGGACUCAUGAGGUCUUGAUAGUCCUUGUUUCAGAAACUGUACAUAUGAAAAAGCAGCUGGCGUCUCAUCCACGUCACUGUCAAAUUUACUGGAGUUUGGAAAACUUGUUUGGUUUUGUACAUUAUUCCAAGCACAACUUUGUUUCCUGUUUCCAGUGACAUGGGGGGCAAAGCGAGUCAUUUUACUGCAGGCUAGACACAAGAGGUCAUGGUUGGAAACCUGUUCUCUCCACCCAAUGCCACAAGCUUGCUUCAUUUUGGUUUAAAGGGAUCCCUUGGGUUCCCUUUUUGCCGGGAGCCCCCAACAAUCUCUUUUAUUAUUAUAAUAACCUUUAUUUAACCAGGAAUAAAAACUCAUUGAAUCUCUUUUAUAAGAGUGUCUUGGUCAAGACAGGCAGCAGUACAUAUACAACCACUCAAAAUAAAUAUUCAUAAAAAAAAAUACUUAAAAUACACAGGGUGUGUGAUUUAAACUCACAAUCACAAUUCAAUGAAAUCCAACUGCAUUUAGGCAAAACGUCUGCAGCCAUUUGAUUCUGCCUCCAAUUCAUUUAAAAAAUAUUUAAAAAAUGUCCAAUCAGACCAAAUUUUUCAGUUUCAGACAAUCUUGUAGUUUGUUCCAGGAAGAAGGAGCCGCGUAUCGUCAGAGCCUUGGAACUGACAACACGUCGAGGACAUGACGUGCUUCAAAUGUCCCUGAUCAUUGUGCUCGGAAACGUAACUGGAGUCAUUUUGCUGAUGUCCAACUAAGCGUAUACAUGCAGGAGUAACCGGACUAUGAAUUGUAUUAUCCAGACUUUUCAAUAGCUUUGAUUGAUUUUUCCAAUUUAUUUCCAUUGUUCUUCUCUCCUCUUACUGCACUUCUUUCUUUUUCUUGUAAUAGGAAAGCACAAGAAAAGCAGAUUGGGGGGAAAAAACCAUCCAUGAGCAUUUAACUUUGUUAGUUUUCCACUCCAAUUUUCAAUUCCAAACUCCAGUUUCUUUUCUUGUCCCUGAAGCGUGCCACUGCUGGAAACUACCUGCCAGUUUUCUAUAGGUGGAUUUGAAUCAUGCCCAUUUUCACCUGAAUGAAAACAAAGAAAAGGAUUCUUUGAUUCUUCAAAUACGCAUAUUAGUUUGUUCCAUCGCAGGUAGGAAACAUAUUUUUAACAAUCAGUCCUGGAAUGACAGAAAUAUGCAGGCUCCCCUUUGUGGAACUUGAAAAUAAAUCACUAGGACUCAUGUAAGCGAGUGAGGCAACACUUAAAAGCCACUCAGGCCACAUGAAAUUUUAAUGAUUUUCCCCCUUCACAAUUAUCGCAAUCACAGAAAUGGAACUAAAUGCUACUGAUCGCGAAAAAUUGCACAUCGUUUAUUCCUGCUUAGCAUAAAUGAGCCUGAAUCUCCCAGAAGCUUUUACUGGCGACACUCAGUGUCUGUCUGUCACCUCCAUCACGACGCGCAGAGAUGGUUAAUGUGCUUUUGAAAUGCUAAUCCACCUCAGUCUGACAGGUGGAUUGUGACUCGGUAGAAAGCAGCAACGUGAUCAAAAUGAGACUGGGAGAUGAUCCAAGAGGCAGAGUGUCGAGCAGACGUAAAGUAUAUUGAAAACAUGGAAGAUAAGUCGCGGGGAUGAAGCCAAUGCCGCCGCGUGUUAAUUCAGUUCACGUGUAAAGAGCAGAAAUGGGAUCGACAGCAGCUGUUCAUCAAAUAUUCCUUCAAUGUUUCUCUGAAGAGCUGAUGGGAUUUUAAUGAAAAAAAGAUGUUUGAAUUUUAAAGUGCAUCCGUCAUCCCUUUGUUUUUGUUGUCUUUUAAAAGUAAUAGUUUUCUCUUGAGAAGCUGCUGUGGUUUAAAAAAGUGACUUCACUUGUUAUUGUACUUUAGCUUUACCAAAAAUGAAAACCCCUAUGAUGUUUUUCAUCUACAGAUGUCAUUCACUCAUAUUUAGUUCAUGUUUUUACACAGCGUUUUUCCUUUGAAAAUGCCAGAAAACACUUUUAAAUACUGCAUUCAUCUUUAUGGAAUUCAGGGAGCUGAAAGAGCACGUUGUUUAUAGUUUGUAACAUAACGACAAAUAUAGAUGUUACAACUGAGGUGUAAGGUGAUUCUCUUCUUGAAAUCCUUGAACGUUUGUGAACGUCGCCCCAAAUAGACGUGGUUCAUUGAAAGAGCUUGGUGUUUAUUUCCUGCACCUCAAGAGCUGUAAAGGUUACAACAUAAAUGCUCUUUUAAAAUCUGGCAGUUCUCAAUGAUUUAUGAUAAUAGGUCUGAGUCCUGGGAGCUAUAACAUGCAUUUCACAUUUUCAAAAAGUGCUUUACGACACAAAUAAAGACGUUUUUUCUGGUCUGUGAAGGCUGCUGUAGUCACUUUUUCUCACAUACUGAUUCUUUCACUUAUUGGUACCAACAAUAUAGUAUAACAACACUUCCCAGUCUAAAAUAUGUGCUUUUAUCGUGAAUAUUUAAAAAAACACAACGACCCUAUAUAGUGAACCCAAGAAAUUAGACCCACACAAGGAUUUUACAAUGCUUUUACUUUUAAACAUUUACUGUUUUAAGCAUUUUUGGCCAUGGCAGCCCACCAUGAUUAUUUGUACGAUAUGCAGAGGCACAUGACAAACAGAGGAUAUAUGUGCACAUUGUGUUGUUUCAAAACAUGUAAAUAAAGCACAGUAACCUACAUGGAGAACCAUGUAACCACUCUCACUCACUAUUCUUUUGUCAAUAAAAUGUAGAUAAAAUGUUGAAAAAAAGUCCAUCAAUGUUUAACAAAUCUGGAAAUCAUGAUUUUCUCAUGAUUUCUUUUCAGUUUUAAUGAUUUUUUAUGUCAAAUGGAGCAA